AUGCCUUCUAGGUCUUCUAAUUCUUUUUCUCAUUCAUUUUUCAAACAAAAAAUAUUUUUUGUUUUUGUUAUUCUUAUUUCUCUACCCGUUUUCAUAUUUGUCUUUUCAUUGAAGUAUCAAAGAGUCGAUGAUCACGAGAGAACAAAACCAUCUUGGUUCAAGUUUAUAGAGCAUGAUUUUCAUAGCAAAACAAAGAUCAAGAUAGGUAUGGUUAACAUUAACCAAAAAUCCAUGUAUAAAAAUCUUGACGCAGAUAGAUCGCGAGUUGAUAUUGUUCCUAUCCCUUUCGACCGAGUUGAUGAAAAUUUGAAAUGGAAUGACUUUUUUCCAGAAUGGAUUGAUGAGGAAGACAAAGUGAAUAAGCCUAAAUGUCCAAACAUACCUAUGCCAACUUUGAAGAAUUACAAAGAUCUUGAUAUAGUUGUGGCUAGGGUUCCAUGUGGAGAGGGAUUAAUAGAGGAAAAAGGGAUUAGAGACGUGUUUAGAUUACAAGUAAAUUUAGUGGUGGCUAAUUUAGUUGUGGAAGCUAAGUGGCUAAAAAAGAUGGAGAUUGAUCAUGGUAAUAUGUAUGUUGUGUUUGUUGGAUCUUGUGGUCCUAUGGUUGAGAUUUUCAGAUGUGAUGAUUUAUUGAUGCAUCAAAGUGAUUAUUGGAUUUACAAGCCUGAUUUGAAGAGACUUAAGCAAAAAACUCUUAUGCCAGUUGGAUCAUGUCAGAUUUCUCCAGGUUUUGCAGAAUCAGGUAAAGAGACAUGGAGGAGUUAUUUGCCAAAAUCAUCAGGGCACAAUAAGAGUAUUGUGCAAGUUCCAAAGCUAGCUUAUGUAACUGUUCUUCACUCUUCAGAAGAGUAUGUUUGUGGGGCAAUAACUCUUGCACAAAGCAUAUUUUUAUCUGGUAAAAAUAUUUUUGAACCUAUAGAUCUAGUUCUUUUAGCCGAUGAUUCAAUUGGUCCUGAAUCUACUAAAGGUUUAAUAGCUGCUGGUUGGAAAAUCACACGCAUUCAACGUAUUAGAAGUCCAUUUGCCGAUAAAAAUGCAUAUAACCGUUGGAACUAUAGUAAGCUACGUAUAUGGCAACUCACCAUGUAUGAAAAAAUAAUUUUCAUAGAUUCGGAUUUCUUAGUAUUGAAGAACAUUGAUGGUUUCUUUGCUUAUCCUCAAUUAUCAGCUUCACCAAAUGAAAAUGUAAUAUUCAACUCGGGUUUGACUGUAGUUGAGCCAUCUCAAUGCAUGUUUGAGUAUAUGAUGAAUAAAACUUCUAAGGUUAAACCAUAUAAUGGGGGUGACCAAGGUUUCGUGAACGAAGUAUUCACAUGGUGGCAUAGAUUACCAUCAAAAUUAAACUACAUGAAGUCAUUUAGGGAAAUAAGUGAUAAUAAGCAUGAGAUAGAACAUGAUGUGUACACUAUACAUUAUCUGGGUUUGAAACCAUGGAUGUGUUACAGAGAUUAUGAUUGUAAUUGGAAUUUGCAGGAUCAUCAUAUAUUUGCUAGUGACUCAGCUAAUGAAGUUUGGUGGCAAGUUUACGAUACCAUGCCAAAACAUAUGCAAUCACAUUGUGCAAUUACCAAGAAAUCACAUGAAAGAUUUGUCUGGAACAGAAAAAUAGCAAAAAAUACUAGUUUACCUGAUGGACAUUGGAAAAUCGAAGUUAAGGAUCCUAGAAAGAUGAAAUAUUUAAAUUAG